AUCCAACGCUCAUACAUUUUUUAUUCACUGUUUGUAAAGCCGAUGCAGCUGCCGCGUUUAUUAAAAUAGUAAAAAUCGUAAAAUAAAGCAAUGUAAAUUAUAUAUUAAGUUUUCUUGUGUAUUAAAGUGUUGAUUGUAAAAUAUAUAAAAACUGUGGACAUUGUAAAUAUGGCUCCACAGCGUGAACCAAUUAGUGUGCGUACAACCCGCUUGAAUAAUAUAAUUCUCAAUAGAAGCUGUUUCGCGGGUUACGGGAAUGGCGCCAUACAAAGGAAGUCGAUAGCAGCGAGCCGUAGGAGCGCAUUUGGUACUGCAAGCGUCAGUACUGCUUUGUCGGAAGCGCUUACGCGUGAAGGGCUUCUAGAUGCAUUUUGCUUACUAUACAAUGAGUGCAGUAAAGAUUCACUGAAGAAACGGGAUCGUAAUAUUGCAGAAUUUGUUCAUAAAUACCGCCCAAUAGUGGAGGAGGCUCAACUGCUACGUGCUAAUGCAGAUGAUUUUACAGUAAAGACACUCAUUGGUAAGGGAUAUUUCGGCAACGUUCAUUUAGUUAUUGAACGUCAGACGAAUGAUGUAUAUGCAAUGAAGAAAAUAAAAAAGUCGGUUGUUACAACAUCGCAAGUGAAAGAAGAACGUGACAUUAUGGCACGUCGCAGCUCGGAAUGGAUAACAAAUCUUCAAUAUGCCUUUCAAGAUACUGACAAUCUGUAUUUAAUAAUGGAAUUCCUUCCUGGUGGAGAUCUACUAAGCUUGAUGUCACGGCAAGGACCCUUUCACGAAGAACUCGCAAGAUUUUAUCUUUCUGAACUCACAUUAGCAAUACAUUCGCUUCAUGAGAUGGGAUAUGUACAUCGCGAUAUCAAGCCAGAAAAUAUAUUGAUAGAUCGCUUUGGGCACAUUAAACUUGCAGACUUUGGUAAUGCAGCUGCGCUAGAUCGUGACGGUCAUGUGUUUAGUUUAUCGCCAGUUGGAACGCCAGACUACAUCGCCCCUGAAUUAUUGCAGACAAUAUCCACAUAUAAACUAACAAAGUCUAUGCAUGAUGUAAGCUGUGAUUUUUGGUCAAUGGGUAUUAUUGGUUAUGAACUCAUCUGUGAAAUAACUCCAUUCCAUGAAGAAAAUGUCCACGAGACUUACUCUAAGAUUUUGAGUCAUUGCGAAGACAGUCAUUUAAAAGAGAUUAUAACAUUUCCUGCGGAUAUAAAGGUAUCCGAAAACUACAAAAAUCUCAUUGGUUCUCUAGUGACUAACCCCACAAAUCGACUGCCAUUUGAAAAGAUUAAGCUGCAUCCAUUUUUCGAAUCUAUAAAAUGGGAAACACUUCGGUCCCAAGUACCGCCCAUUAUUCCCACAGUAAAUAGUGACGAUGACACAUCCAAUUUCGAAGAUGUAAUUCGUAAUAAGAGGCGUACCAACACAUUCGUUAAAAAAUCAAUUACUACAAAUGUUCAGUCAAAUGAAUUCUGUGGUAAGGAUCUUCCCUUUAUAGGUUACAGUUUUGUGCAUAUGGCAAAACAAAGUGCUGAUGCGGAAGGUGCUGCUGAUGACGCCCGCUUCAGUCGUUUAAAUAUUAAAAUAAAAGAUUUACAAGCAAACCUAAAAGAACGGGUAGAAGAGAUUAACAAAUUGAAGCAACAUUUGAUCCGGGCGGAACAAGCAGCCAAACAAUCAGACACCCAGUCGAAGAUAUUACAAGAUGCCAAGGAUGAAAUAAAUAAAAUGAAGAAUGUGAUCAAGGAAAAGACAAUGGAGCUGGCAGCAUGUAAAACGCAAAUAAAAACUCUGCAGAGUUCAGUAAAGGUUGAAGAGGAAAUGUGGGAAAAGAAAGAGGCAACAAUAACUGAAUUACUGCGCGUAAAUCGUCAGAAAUACGAAGAGGCGAAGAUUGCCUCAGAACAGCGUUACGAGAAAUUGAUUGCAGAGAAAAAACAUGAGUUGGCAAAUAUUAUAAGAAAGUUGGAUGCUCGAGAAUCCGAAUUGAAUACUAAAGCAGAUGAAUGCAAGCAUCUACAAGAGAAAAUGGAGAAUUAUAAAGAAAUGUUACGACAAUUUAAAGACCAAGCGCUUGCUGAUAAGGAAGCUUUUGAGAAGAAUAAGCUACAACUAAGCGAAACAUAUGAGCAAAAGUUAACAGAGCUUCGAUCCAAGUUGAGGAAUGAAAAGGAUUCAAGGUCUCGCCUCACAUUGGAACUACGCGAAGUACGAAACGAAGUAGACGAAUCAAUUAGCACAUCGAAAUCAUUACAAGAGUCUAAAUUGGCCAUUGAAAAGAAUAAUGACGAGAUUUUAAAACGAUUGAAUAGAGAGUUAGAGGAGAACAACUCUUUACAUGCGCAAAACGCACAUUUGGAACAGCAACUGGAAUCCACACAGAAGACAUUACAGGAACAACAACUUGAGAUUAAUCGUCUAGAACGCGAGUUGAACGUAGCAGAAUGUAGUAAAAAUUUGGCGCAAUCGGAACUUGCGACACAACAAUCCACGCCAUAUGAAACAGCACCAGGCUCGUUGACCGAAUUGCAUCUUAUAGAGGAGCAGUUACGCGCCGAUUUGGAAGCGGCAAAAGAAAAUGAAAAUGUACAGAAAUCCCGGGCCGACAAAUUGCAGCACAUUGUUGAGAAACUUGAGGAAAUGUUGGAAAAGUUUAAUGAACAGACACUCUCGCAAUCUCCUAUGAAAUGUGCAGCACGUGGUAAUGAAAAUGAACAUUCGGUUGCCCAUAAUUUUCCCAGUAGCGUUGGUGACAUGUUGGAAAAACAGAAUGAGAAAUUGGAAGAUCGACUUGCCGCGGUGCGCGAACAAAUGAUUAUUGAGCGUCAGGCGGCACGCACAGCCAACCUUUCGCUUUGGAAAGUCGAGAAACAAUUGGAGGAGGCUAUUGCUGAGAAGAAAAUGACACAAAGACGUAUGGAGCUUACGGAAGAUAAAAUAAAGAAAAUCCAAGCGGAAAAAGAUGAAGCGCUGCGUCAAUGCAAAACUGCGCAGAGUGAAACAAAUCAACGCGAUGAACGCAUACGCGAGCUGCGAGAUGAAAUAUGUGCAUUGAAACGUGAGGUAAUGAAAGAGCAUCGCAUGUGGGAGAAAGCUGAACAGGAACGUAUGCAGUGCAAAUCUGAGAUAAUUGAGCAUAUAUCCAAUGUGCAAAAACUGGAGGAGCGUCUGUCAGAACUCAGUCAAAAGCUUCAGCAGACACAGCAAAAAAAUGACGCUAUCUUACUAGAGAACACCAAAUUACAACGCGAACUAAAUGAAGAACGUGAAAGGAGCAAUACAGCAAGCGAUGCAUCAUCUCACAUUCAAAUUGAAUUGAAAAAUCUACAAGACAACUACGAGCGUCUUAAGUAUGCAUGCACUAUAACAGAUAGCCAACUAACCGAAGUGGAGAGUAUGUUAGAAGUAGAACAAAAUCGUAAUAAAACUUUACAAGAGAUGUUGGACAAGUUAAACAUAGCAUUGCGUAAAAAGGAGGACGCCAUGGCGCAGCUCAGAAAGGAAUUGUCUGAUGAACAAGCACAAAAGUGUGCUUCAGAAUCGCGUGUACAAGCGCUUAACACUGAAAUCGGCGAAUGUGCUGAGAAUUUAGCACAGACGCAAAAGAAAUUAGUAGCACAACAACAACAAUUGAUGGAUCAGACUAAUCACUUGUUCCAAUCACAAGAACGCGUCGAAGUGCUUACGAAUGAAACAUCAAAUUUACAGACAAUUAACGAAAACCAUGAACGAGAACUGACUUUGUUAAAAGAGGAGAAUGCGCGUAUUCUGUCCGAGUUGUUCCACACCAAAGAACAUUGUGAACGCUUGCAGCAAGAGUUGAGAGACGCACUGGAAAAUUCCAAUGAGCUUCAUGCAGAAAUCGCAGAACUACAAGAAAUAAUGGCCGAGAAGGAAUCGUUUUAUGUACAGCGCGACAUCAAAUCGGAGGCAACAUUAGCGCAGCACAAAAAAUUGAUUGACUAUUUGCAGCUAAAAGUGGAGGAUUUAUCGCAUAAGAAGAAACUUACAUUCGCUGAAAAAUUAUUCGGAAGUGGCGCACAUAGCACUGCCGGCAAAAAGGAGAACAUAUCACCAGCCGCUGUUGAGACAUCAAUAUUAUAUCGCACACUGAAGGAAGAGCUACGUCGUGAAAAACAGCGUUGUAAGACACUUCAGGAUCAAAUUGAUAAAUUAAACGGUGUUACUCAAAAUGCUGGUGGUUUAACAGGUGGCAUGAGGUCACCUUUGAAAUGUGUGGUAAAAAAUGAAGAGAACAUACAGAGUGGCGCCAAUAAAACUGUAGGAACAUUGCCCAAAACAUCACGAAAACAAAUUGAAGGCGACACCAAUGGUACCACCUCAAACGUGCAAAUCAGAAAUGAAGCAGCACAUCACCGCUUUGAAUUAGCGCUACAGGAGACCAAUACUUGCGAUAAUAUGUGCAUUGCUUGCAAAAAGCCACUAAUUGCAGGCUCGCCCUACUGGAAAUGCAAGGAGUGUAAAAUUUCUGCGCAUCGCAAAUGCCGUGGUGAUGUUCAUACGACUUGUGGCAGCCAAAUUGACCAAGUUGCUUUAAUUUCUCAACCAAAUGUUACCCAAGAUACUGAGGAUCAGAGUGAUAUAGAUUCGCUUUCAAAAUACUCAUAUGAAGGUAAAUUAGAUGAGAUUGAUGGUACUACUGAUUCUAGAUCAGAUGUCACCCAUUGCGAGUACUCUGGAAAUUUGAUAUUUUGCGUUGAACAGCAACAUAAUAGUGAAAAUUUAGAGCCUUUAGAGAUAAAUUGUGCAUACGAAAUUGAAGAGCAAAAAAUACUUAUAUUGGGCUGCAAUACUGGUCUAUUCGCAUUGCAUAUUCAACAACCGCAGAGAUUGAUGCACAUUGCAGGUAUUGAUUCGGUUAGUUGUAUUGCGGUAUCAUUGCCACUAGCCAAAGCUGUAUUGAUAGGAGCUCGUGGAGAGUCACUAUUUCAGUGCGAUUUCCGUCAGUUAUUGUCGAGAAGUCAGUCUUCUUCGCCUUAUGUGAAGAACAGCCUCGAAGCUUCUGUAUUGGACUUGCCAUUUUGCAAUCGUGCCACCAAUGAGAAGUGGCAAAUGGUAAAAAUAUCAAACGAAGCCGAUAACGCUUUGGACUCCGUGGCAAUAGCGGCGACAUCUUCACGUAUUGUUAUUAUGAAAUAUGAUUUAAAGCAACAAAAAUUCGCGCCUGUACGGGCUCUGGAUACCGCAACACCCGUUUCUUCAAUACUUUUUACACGCCUUACAGCUAUCGUUAGCUCAGACAAGUUCUUUGAGAUCGAUUUGGAAACAUACGCUGCUGAAGAAUUUGCGGACUUGUCAGAUCACGCGCUUUCGCACAUACACAACUGCCAGCCUGUUGUUGCCUUACGGAUCUCAUCACAAGAAUUUUUGCUCUGUUUUAUGGAAUGUGGCAUUUUUGUAGAUGAAUACGGUUGUCGUUCUCGACCGUAUGAUUUGAACUGGGAAUACACUCCCACAGGUUUCAUAUAUCGUGAACCAUUCCUAUACAUUGCCCAUUUUCAAUCAGUACAAAUUUUAAGAAUACACCGUUCUUAUACGAAGGAGCUGGUCAACGUAAACCAUAUGAAGGACAUGGAUGCAGAUGUCGAUGAUAGUUGCCCAAGUUUCAAACGCAUUUAUUUGAGAUUUUAUAUGCCUACACUACUGACAGAGAGCGGAAAAUUAAAUAUUUAUAUGCUCGCAAUACAAAAAGAAACUGGACUACAACAAAUAUAUCACUUGGAUUCGUUACAAGCAUUCAGACAAAAACUAAACGAGUCAUUAGAGACGAUUUCAUCGAUAGCUACAGCAAUUACAACUGAAUCUCUUCCCACCUCUAACCCGGAAAGUAUCGAUUAACACAAAAGUAGGGUUUAUAUACUCAAUAUUAUUACCAUUGAAUUGCACAUUAGAUAUUUGAAUGUGACUUCAUAAACAUGUUGCUACUUACUGAUUGUAUUUGAACUUUUUAAUAAAACAUGUACCCGGUUUUAAGGUACACUUAAUAAAGUUUUUUUUGCUGUUUUUAUAGCGGGAAUAGUGUGGUACGGAUUUAAUAAAUAUGCAAAGGUGGAGAUUUUAGUUACUGGGCGCCAAGAUUUGAGGCAAUUUUUAUGUUAAUUAGUCAAAAAUAAACACUUUAAAAAAUAAAAAAAAUUGAUAUCUCGCACCGUUUACGAGAUAUUCGCACAUGAAUAUCGGAUUAUAGCGGUAAUUUUUUUGAAGCGCGGUCAAAGGCCGCCAAUGCAGAAAGUAGUUCUACGCGAAAAAACUUUGCAUUUCCACCUUUUUGAAAACACACGGUGUUGGCUUGACCAGGGUUAUUUUUUGAAGCGCGGCCGAAGGCCGCCAAUGCAUAAAGUAGUUCUAUGUGAAAGAACUUUUCAUUUCGAUCCCCGGUGUUGGCUCGACUAUGGUUAUUUUUUGAAGCGCGGCCGAAAGCCGCCAAUGCAUAAAGUAGUUAUACGCGAAAGAACUUGUCAAUCAAUCAUAUAACACAUGCAUCAAUACAUAAGUGCGCCUAAGUAUCGUGUAAACGGUGCGAGAUGUCAAUUUUUUUAUUCCUUAAAAAGUGUUUAUUUUAGGCUAAUUAACAUAAAAAUUACUUCAAAUUUUGGCGCCCCAGUAACUAAAAUCGUGCCCGUAUUCAGGUUUCACAUCAUUUCACAUUUCAAAUCAAGGUCUUGGUUUACAAUGUGCGGCGGUUUCACUCCAAGGAUCUCAUUUACUGGGUUGAGAGUCACUGAAUAUGUUGAUCGCUUUGUUGUGAAGGACAUUUAAUGCCUGUUUGAAGCUAGUCCAAAAUUUAGCGUGGUGGUGAUGUAAGAAUGACCUUUUGAUAUUCCUGUUAUGGAAGCGGUUCUCCUCCAAGAUUAUUUUGGUUAGCUACUUUUAUGUUUUGAAAUACUGAAUCGAAAAGAUUCAUCACACAAAUAUUUAUAUUGUACACUAUUUCCAAUACGUAAUUGCAAACAAAUGAAUAACCACCUACCUGUUCAAUGUGUGAAUUCUCAUAUUGUUUUAUUUUACAAUAAGAAGAAAUCAAAAUUUCUCAAUGAUUUUUUUAUAAAAAAAAUUCUUGAAUAAAACAUAGUAUAAAAGCGCAGUUCGGUUCAGUUUUCUAUCAAUUAAUUAAUAUUUUAUUUUAUUUAUUAUUAUUAUAUAUUAAUAUUUAUUGAAAAAAUUUCACAUCCCUAUUUUUGUGGAUUUUAUUCCAAUUGUUGCAACUCUGCUUGGCAUCCACUCAACGAUUGACAAACGAAACAUAUUUCUUUCCACUUCAGCCGAAGCACACGACCGAGAUAGGUGAAAAUUUUCAGAAAAUCGCUUCUGAAUUGGUGUAAUUCGUUUUUCGACUGCAAACGGAUAAAUAAGUGGACUAGUAAUCCUUAAAUAUUUUCUGUGCGUGGCUAGUAAAUAUAUUUUUUAAAA